AUGAGGGAGGAGAAGAAAAAGGAUGAGAAGAAGAAGGAGAAACAGGAAAAUCGACAGGAAAAAGAAAGGAAGAGGAGUAGAUUGAGGAAGGAGGAGUGGCAAGAGGAGAAGAAGAGAGAGAAGGAAGAAAAGCAAGAGGAAAAACAGGAGAAAAAGGAGAGAAGAGAAGUCACUCGGAAGAUCAAGACUCGUCAAUUUGCUUGGAGCAUUCCCUACGAGGAGGAGAAGGAUGAGGAGAAAAUGGAGGAGGAUAAAAGUGAAGGAGGAUGA